AUGGCGUCCAUGUUUCUGCUGGCGGAUGUUUUGAUGUUUGGAGCGUGUGAUCCUGACAGUUUAUUCUCUUUGUCUGCAGCUCAGAUUGAAAUCAUUCCCUGUAAGAUCUGCGGAGAUAAAUCGUCAGGGAUCCACUACGGGGUGAUCACCUGUGAGGGCUGUAAGGGUUUCUUCAGGCGGAGUCAGCAGAGUAACGCCGCCUACUCGUGUCCUCGCCAGAAAAACUGUGUUAUCGACAGAACGAGCCGCAACCGCUGCCAGCACUGCCGUCUGCAGAAAUGUCUGUCUGUGGGCAUGUCCCGAGACGCUGUAAAGUUUGGUCGCAUGUCCAAGAAGCAGCGGGACAGUUUGUACGCCGAGGUGCAGAAACACCGCCUCCAGCAGCAGCAGCAGCAGCAGGGUCCUCCCCUCCUGUCCCACCCCAGCCUCGGCAGCCCGAACCCGGGCGAGGCUGAGCCGCUGUCCCCUCACUACGGCCUCUCUUCCACGGGCCUCACGGAGCUGCAGGAUGAGCUGGGAGGCUACGUGGAACAACACUCGCCUGAAGGAGGAUCUGUCUCCUCUAAGGCAGACUCUGGAGGAGGAGAAAGAGGAGGUGGCGGGUUCUACCUGGACUUCCAGCCAUCCCCGGAUCAGUCCGGGCUGGAUGUCAACGGCAUCAAACCGGAGCCGCUGUGCGACUACGGCUCCAGUAACAGCUUCUUACCGUACUGCUCCUUCAGUGACGGGAACACAUCGUCCCUGGCUGAACUCGAUCACCUGGCUCAGAUCAUCUCGAAGUCCCACCUGGAGACGUGUCAGUACCUGAAGGAGGAGCUGCAGCAGAUGACCUGGCAGAACUUCCUGCAGGACGAGGUGGAGAUUUACCAGAGCAAGCCGCGGGAGGUGAUGUGGCAGCUCUGCGCCGUAAAGGUCACCGAGGCCAUACAGUACGUGGUGGAGUUCGCCAAACGCAUCGACGGCUUCAUGGAUCUCUGUCAAAAUGACCAGAUCGUGCUGCUAAAAGCUGGCUCUCUGGAGGUCGUCUUCGUCCGAAUGUGUCGCGUGUUUGACUCGCAGAACAACACCGUCUACUUCGAUGGGAAGUUUGCAGGUCCCGAUGCCUUCGAGGCGUUAGGUUGUGACGACUUGAUCACAUCCGUGUUCGACUUUGCUAAGAGCAUGUGUUCGCUGCAUCUGACGGAGGACGAGCUCGCCCUGUUCUCGGCCUUCGUUCUGCUCUCCGCAGACCGGUCGUGGCUGCAGGAGAAGCUGCAGGUGGAGAAGCUGCAGCAGAAGACUCAGCUGGCUCUGCAACACGUCCUGCAGAAGAACCAGAGGGAGGAAGGGCUGCUGAACAAG